GCCAUGCGGAGCGGACGAAGCAGACGAAUUCACGCGUGAAUGCUGUAAACAUGGCACUUGGUCUUUACACAUUCUGCUGACUACGGACAUAGUGACAGCGCUGUGGCCGUUGUUUAGUGCCGGCAGCCAACACUGUUGUGUACGUUAGCAGACGAUAUUUCUGGAGCUUUUGUGUCAGCCUUGACUGUGAAUUUCAUCGAUUAUCUGCAGUGUUCAUUACCUGUUUCCGCCCACCAUGAAUCAGUCACACCCACCCACCGGCACAAUGAGCUCUGCAGUGAACGGGUCGGCCAGGCCCAAGAAGAGACACUCGGACAGCAGCAGCAGUGGGAGCGAGUCUUCCACCACCCCCCUGUCUGUGUCCAGGAGCCCCUCCCCCAGUAACACCCCGCUCAUCGACCGGAUCGCCCAGCGGAUCGCCUGCAAGGACAAAUGGUUCUCGCUGGAGUUUUUUCCACCGAGGACAGCUAAUGGAGCUGUGAACUUGCUGGCAAGAUUGGAACGCAUGCACGUGGGCGGUCCCCUCUUCUGCGACAUCACCUGGCACCCAGCCGGCAACCCGGGGGGCGAGACGGAGACCAGCUCCAUCACCAUAGCGACCAGCGCCAUCAACUACUGCGGCAUUGAGACCAUGCUGCACAUGACCUGCGUCAACCAGACCCGAAUCGACAUCACCAAAUACCUGAACCGUGCCAAGGACUGCGGAAUCCGGAAUAUUCUGGCACUCCGUGGAGAUGUUCCUGGAGAUUUGGAGUGGCAGAAGUCGGAUUCAGAGGACACCUUCAACUAUGCCUUGGAUCUAGUCCGAUACAUCAAGAAGAUGUUUGGCGACCACUUCUCCAUCUGUGUGGCUGGUUAUCCCGGAGGCCAUCCUGAGGCGGAGAGCUACGAGGAGGACCUGAAAUACCUCAAGAGGAAGGUUGACGCGGGGGCUGACUUCAUCAUCACCCAGCUGUUCUUCAAGGCCAAGGAGUUCCUCCAGUUUUACAAGGACUGCCGAGCCAUCGGGAUCACAGUGCCCAUCAUUCCCGGGGUCAUGCCCAUCCAGGGGUACAGCUCCCUGCGCAACCUGGUCAAGCUGUCCAAGCUGGACAUACCCGAGGACAUCCUGAAGGUGAUCGAGCCCAUCAAGGACAACGACGCAGCCAUCAGGAACUACGGCAUCCACCAGGCGGUCACCAUGUGCAAGGAGAUGUUUGACAGCGGUGAUGUUCACGGCCUGCACAUCUACACGCUUAACCGUGAGGUGGCCACCAUUGAGAUCUUGAAGCGGCUUGGCCUGUGGAAUGAGGACCCCAUACGGCCUCGCCCUCUACCCUGGAAGACCACCGCCAACCACAUGAGAACCAAAGAGGAUGUGAGACCAAUUUUCUGGGCCGCCCGACCCAAGAGUUAUAUUCACAGAACCAAGGAUUGGGACGACUUCCCCAACGGUCGCUGGGGCGACUCCUCCUCCCCGGCCUUCGGCGACCUCAAGGACUACCAUCUGUUCUACCUCAAGAGCAAGUCCUCCAAGGAGGAGCUGCAGCAGAUGUGGGGGGAGGAGCUGGCGUGCGAAGAGGACGUCUUUGAGGUCUUCAAGUGCUACCUGGACGGGGAGCCCAAUCGCUAUGGCCACAAGGUGAAGCGCAUGCCCUGGAACGACGACGAACUUGCCUCCGAGACCUCCCGUCUGCGCGACAGGCUGAUCAGCAUCAACAAGCGGGGCAUACUGACCAUCAACUCACAGCCUGCGGUCAACGGGGCUCCGUCCACGGACCCGGUGGUGGGAUGGGGAGCCCCCAACGGCUACGUUUACCAGAAGGCCUACCUGGAGUUCUUCACGUCUCGAGAGAACGCAGCGGCCCUACUGGACGUGCUCAGAGACUAUCCCAGCGUGACGUACCACGUGGUGAAUCAUAACGGCAAGGAGGAUAUCACCAACACCGACAGACAGCAGCCGAUUGCCGUCACCUGGGGCGCGUUCCCCGGAGCGGAGAUUAUCCAGCCGACCGUCGUCGAUCCCAUCAGCUUCAUGGUGUGGAAGGACGAAGCCUUUGGGCUCUGGAAGCACCAGUGGGGCCACAUCUAUUCGGAGGGCUCGCCCUCCCGCCAGAUCAUCAACCACAUCCAUGACACCUUCUACCUGGUCAACCUGGUCAACAAUGACUACGUCCAGGAUGACUACCGCCUCUUCGAGGUCUUGGAGAAGAUGCUGGCUCGCAAGGAGGAGCGGCGGCGGGAGGAGAUUGAAGGGCCGGACCUGGAUGAGGAGAUCUGCUCCAAGAAGCUCAAGAUUGACUCCCAGAGUGCCGCCUCGACAGAAGGCAUCCCAUCCUCUGUGGUCAUUCCGUAGGAUGGAUCGUUCUCCCUCAUCUGCACGGAAAAUUCCGGAAAUCUCCCACUCGCCCGUGACUUGUACAGAUAAAAUGACCCUGAAAUUUGGUUGUUCCUUGUUUAAAGCCUAGCUUUGGUCAUUCUUGGGAAGGAUCAGGUAUUGCAUGGAUCUAGUUUAUGCUGUUUAAUGUUGUAAAUGUUGCAAGUGUGCGAAAACCCUGCAAGGUGAAAGCUCCCAUUUCUAAACUGGUUCCCCACCAUCCUUUCCAUCAAAAUACAGGAGUGUAACAGUGACGGCCCAACUGCCACAGAAUCACAGAGCCUUACCAGUGGUGUAUUCAAGUCCAUCCCGAGUCGUUUCGCAAGUUCAGUCACAAGGCCAGUCGUAAGUAAGAGGGUGAACAAUGAUUGAUGACUGCAUUGUAUCUCAGUUCAUUUGAAUAGCUUGUGAAUUGGCUGAAGACUGAAUGACUUGUGAUGGACUUACAGGGACUUGUGAUGGAC